AGAAGCUCGAGAAGCCACAAGCAUCCACCAAAUCCAAAGCAAAAAACAACAACCUAAUCAAGCCAUGGCAAGGCUUCUUCAAACCCUAAUUCCACUUCUAUCCUGCAUAGCCUUGCUCCUUGCCACCGCCAACAAGGCAUGGUCGCAGACAACCUCCUUCACGUAUGAUUUCUAUGGCGGCCCGAAGCCAACCGACCUAAUCUACCAAGGCGACGCCCACUUCCCUUCCGACUCCACCUACCUCCGCUUGACCAACACCGACAGCUCAGGCAACCCGUUGCAAUACCGCGUUGGCCGAGACGUGUAUUCCAAGCCGAUCCAAUUUUGGGAAGCAGGAGCUCAGGUCGACCUCGAAACCACCGUAAAAUUCAUCAUCAACCCCAAAAGCGGCGACUCAAACCCCGCCGAUGGCUUCACCUUCUUCGUCCAGCCCGUUGGAUCCCCAGUCGGUUUCACCGGCGGCAGCUUUGGAAUCUUUGACUCAUCCGGUCAAAAUCCGUCCGUCUUUGCCGUGGAAUUUGACAUCUUCGUUAACGGCGGAGUGGAUCCGAAUUAUCGUCAUGUUGGCAUUGACAUUGGAUCAAAUGUUUCCAAAAACACAACCGACGUCGGCACCGCAUUAAUCGGGCAGGAAGUGACUGCCAGCAUCGACUACGAGGAAGCUACGAAAGUGAUCAGAGUUCACGUGACGGCAGGCUCAAAAACUUUUGAGGUGAGCUAUGUGUACGACUUGAGCACCAUUCUCCCUCAGCAGGUUGAGGUCGGGAUAUCCGCAUCCACCGGAGGGCAAAUCGCCGUUCACGACCUCAUAUCGUGGUAUUUCACUUCCACCCUUGUGAAAGAAGGCAACGGCGACGCCAAAAUUCGCCAGUAUGUGUGAUUUUAUUGUGUCAAGUAUGCGAUGUGAAUAAGGACUAGCGAUUGAGUUUUCUCUCGUUGAGUCCCUAAAAUAAGAUGAUGGUCUCAUCCAUUUGUGUGUAUGUUAUUAUGUAUGGCAUGUAUGUACCACUGGUUUUAUGAAAUUACUACUAUUAGUUUUUAUUA